CUUCUUUGUCAGCGCCUCCCCCCAAAAAUAAGAAAUAAAAAAAAUUGUUGUUGCCACCUACCCCUCUCUCCCGCCGCCUAACUUCCUGCUCUUAAGCAUAUACAUUCAACAACAUCGGCAUAAUAAGAAUCUCAUAAACAUUGUUUCAAUCUUUUUAUGUUUCUUGUUUAAUCCGCCGAAAAUAUACCCGCAUGUUCUGAAAUCUCAAGGCCUGUGAUCUUGAUUUCUGCGCCUCCUUAGUCAUUUAUUCAGAUUCUUUUAUUCUUCUUGGCUGCAUUUUCUCUUUCAGGGUUGGAAAUCAAUGGCCUGCUCUAUACAGCAUUCAGCUUUCUCAGUCUCCUCCAGUUCUGAUUUGAUUCCCAGGAAGGGGUUGGGUUUGAAGUUGAAUUCAAUUUCUAGGUUUCUGCCACUGACCCAAAUUGCCAAAACCAAAAAUCUCUCGAUCAAGAGGCCUCUGUACAUUGCCUCUGUUGCAAAGUUUGGACCUUUGGAGUCAAGAACCCAGAGCCCGAAGUUGAGGACUAGUUGCAGAGCCUAUGAGGCUGAUCAGUCAAGGCCGUUGGACCUUAACAUUGAAGUGCCAAAAUCAGAGGCAGCCCAGAAGGUGAAAAUCAGUAUUUACUUUGCCACUUGGUGGGCUUUGAAUGUGGUGUUCAAUAUAUACAACAAGAAGGUCCUCAAUGCUUAUCCAUAUCCAUGGCUGACCUCAACCCUGUCCCUGGCUGCUGGGUCCUUGAUUAUGCUGCUUUCAUGGGCUACCAGGAUUGCUGAGACCCCAAAAACUGAUCUUGAAUUCUGGAAGAACCUCUUCCCGGUUGCAGUGGCACAUACUAUUGGGCAUGUAGCAGCAACUGUAAGCAUGUCAAAGGUUGCUGUUUCAUUCACACACAUAAUCAAGAGUGGUGAACCAGCUUUUAGUGUGUUGGUUUCGAGGUUUUUGCUUGGCGAGACGUUCCCUCUUCCGGUUUACUUGUCCCUCGUGCCAAUCAUUGGUGGUUGUGCACUUGCAGCAGUUACCGAGCUCAAUUUCAACAUGAUUGGGUUCAUGGGGGCUAUGAUAUCGAAUUUGGCAUUCGUGUUUAGAAAUAUAUUCUCCAAGAGAGGAAUGACUGGAAAGUCUGUGAGUGGGAUGAACUACUACGCUUGCUUAUCUAUAUUGUCUCUACUGAUUCUCACGCCUUUUGCCAUUGCCAUGGAAGGCCCCCAGAUGUGGGCAGCAGGCUGGCAGCAAGCUAUUUCCCAGAUUGGACCGAAUUUUGUUUGGUGGGUGGCAGCACAGAGCAUAUUCUAUCAUUUGUAUAACCAGGUCUCAUAUAUGUCCUUGGAUGAGAUCUCUCCCUUGACAUUUAGCAUAGGAAACACAAUGAAGCGUAUUUCUGUGAUAGUUUCCUCCAUCAUAAUUUUCCAAACACCUGUUCAGCCUGUCAAUGCUCUUGGAGCCGCGAUUGCAGUACUAGGAACCUUCAUCUACUCCCAGGCCAAACAGUGAGGUGACUGAAGAAUCAACUUAGUUGCGGAGAAUGUUGGCUUCCAUGGAAGAGAUUUUCUAGUUUUCGUACUACAUUAUAUGCUGAGUUUUUGUGGAUUUCCAGUAAACUGUCAAUGUUUUGUGUAUGGUGAAAUAAGCAGUAGUAGUAUAGUUAAUCUGAAAGUUUUGAGCUCAAAAUAAUAAUGUACUCUAAGGAGUAAAUUAGUGUGUUAUUGCAGAAGUUAGAGUAUGUGUUUUGUCUUAAAGU